GUGCAGCCUCAGUGUGCGUACACCCGCUCCGUGGACGAGUAACCGCGCGGUCUCCCCUUUGGAGCCCAUAGUCGAGCUAUCAUCAUCAGUGGUAACUUCAUACAUUGAGCAAAUUUUCGACCCGCGCCACCACCCCAACAACCGCUUGUCAAGAUGAUGCGAGACGUGCAAUUUGCUCUCAACAGUCGCAAGAACAAUGGGAAAGCGACCAAUGUGACGUAUCAAGUCAACCACGUGAGCAGGAACAAACGUGGUCAGGUCCUUGGACAGCGCGGUGGCUUCCGAGGAUGUACGGUUUGGUUCACUGGACUCUCUGGUGCAGGUAAAACAACCAUGAGUUUUGCCUUGGAGGAGUACCUCGUCUCUCGUGGUAUCCCGGCUUACUGUCUUGAUGGAGAUAAUAUGCGACAUGGCCUCAACAAGAACCUGGGAUUCUCAGAUGAAGACCGCGAAGAAAACAUCAGGCGUGUGUCAGAAGUGGCCAAACUUUUUGCCGAUUCUGGUGUGGUGGCUCUCUGCUCCUUUGUGUCACCUUUUACCAAGGACCGAGAACUAGCUAGAAAAAUACAUGAAGACACUGGGUUACCAUUCUUUGAAGUGUUUGUAGACACUCCCCUCGAGGUGUGUGAGCAGCGAGAUGUCAAGGGACUCUACAAGAAAGCCCGUGCUGGUAUUAUUAAAGGUUUUACUGGUAUUGAUGCCCAGUAUGAGAAGCCUGAGGCUCCCAAUGUAGUUUUAAAGACACAUCAGUGUUCUGUUGAUGAGUGUGUGCAUCAAGUGCUGGAGAUACUUGAUGAAUGGGAAAUCAUUCCAAAGUCUGUAACAGAGACAGUAAAGGAGCUGUUUGUCCAAGAAAACAAAUUGGCAAGUGCUAAAAAUGAAGCAGAAUCUCUUCCUUCUGUCAACAUCACCACACUAGACUUACAGUGGCUUCAGGUGCUCUCUGAAGGCUGGGCAUCUCCACUCACUGGCUUCAUGAGAGAGAGGGAUUAUCUACAGAGUCAACACUUUGGCUGCCUCAUGGACUCAGGUGUAUCAAACCAGUCUAUCCCUAUUGUGUUGCCAGUAUCUACCAGUGAUAAGGAACAGCUUGACGGGUGCUCAGCCUUUACACUACGGUAUGAAGGCCGACCUGUUGCUAUUUUGAGGAAACCAGAGUUCUAUGAGCAUCGCAAAGAAGAACGCUGCUCUCGCCAGUUUGGGACCACAUGCAAAGAUCAUCCUUACAUCCAGAUGAUCAAUGAGAGUGGCGACUGGCUGUGUGGUGGAGACAUUGAAGCAUUAGAGAGGAUCAAGUGGAAUGAUGGUUUGGAUGAAUACCGCUUGACACCCAUGGAGCUCCGAGCCAAGUUCCGUCAAAUGAGUGCUGAUGCUGUGUUUGCUUUCCAGUUACGUAAUCCAGUACAUAAUGGUCAUGCUCUCCUCAUGCAGGAUACUCGUCGGCAGCUUUUAGAACGUGGAUAUCAUAAUCCAGUCUUACUACUUCACCCGCUAGGAGGAUGGACCAAGAGUGAUGACGUACCCCUUAAAACCAGGAUGGAGCAGCAUCAUGCAGUGCUAAAGGAGGGUGUUUUAGAUCCAGCCACAACAGUGUUGGCAAUCUUCCCAUCACCAAUGAUGUAUGCCGGACCAACUGAAGUACAGUGGCAUGCCAAGGCACGUAUGGCCACUGGUGCCAACUUCUACAUUGUUGGACGUGAUCCAGCCGGUAUGCCCCACCCACACACCAAGAAAGACCUGUAUCAUGCACAACACGGGCGAAAAGUACUCACCAUGGCCCCCGGCCUUACACAGCUAGAGAUAAUUCCAUUCCGAGUGGCAGCUUAUGAUACAGAAGCUGGUAAGAUGGCCUUUUAUGAUCCAGCAAGAAAACCGGACUUUGAAUUUAUUUCAGGCACAAAAAUGCGUGCAUUAGCUCGCAGUGGUGAAAAUCCACCCAACGGUUUCAUGGCUCCAACAGCAUGGAAGGUCCUGAGUAAUUACUACAAGAGCCUCAGUAAAGAAUAGAGUAGCCCAAGGGUUAACUGGUUGGGACAGUGCUGUCAGUAAAGAUAUGUACAAUGCAGUUUGAACCAUAUUUAUGGGGAAACCAGACAUCAUUAACAAUAAUUAGACAACAGUGAUAACCACCAGAGAUCAUCAAUAUCUCCCAGACAGCAGUAACAACAGACAACACUGGUAAGUACUGCAUUGUAUUGGAUAUCAUUAAUAACUUCCAGACAUCACAAUAAGCCAGUAACUUGAAUCAUAUGUUUUUAUUUCAACAAACAUCAACUCUGGUAGAAAUAUUAUUGCAUGUUUAAUUAUGUCAUCAGUACAGCAUUAGAGAUCUGUUUUGUUACAAAAGUCAUUUUAUCUGGUAACAAGAAUAAUGUACAGUUUAUAUAAAUUAAUUAAUUCUGCAGUUGGGUAUUAUGAAAAACUUUCAUUAUUCUCAUUGUAUAUAAAUCUGAAUAUUACUUGCAGAGAAGAAAUAAUGAGGAACCCAUCAAUAGUCAUUUAUAUAACUUCUGUGAAGCUUAUACAGUAUUAAAAUAUUAUUAGCAGUUAUGAGAACCAAGAUCUGUUAUAAUGAAAAUAUAGUAUCAGCAUAUAUGAUGUGAUCUAAGAGAGGCAACACAAACAUUUCUCAUUAACAGCUGAGCUAUGGCCCAAAAUAUGUUGAAAACCUUGAUUGUCAACAUGAUUAUAGAGUGGACAAAUGUUAGUUUUCUUCAUUGGAGUUUGUGUAACUUUUUGUCCACCCUCAUAGGUUUCAAAUAUUUCCAAACUGAGCACUGGCAGGUUUUGUAAUGGUCGACUGCUUCAAGCAAUCAUGAGUGAUCCAAAGAAAAUACCUAUAUUAUCAAGCAGUUUUGUCUUAGAGUUUGUGAGCUCAUGUAGAGGUGAAGAUUUUUAAGGGCACUUUGUGUGAUUGUGUGUGUGUUUGGGCAUUGUACACGGACCACAGAGUCUUCGGGGUAUUACUCGUAUCUACUUGAAUUAAAACAGUGAGUUUGGAAUCUGCUCCAGAUUUUAAAAUAUAGUAAAACAAAAUAUAUACAGUAUUGGAUUAUUCAUAUUCUUGGCAUUUUAUCUAAUAUUAUUAAAAGAUUGUAUUGUUAUAUUUAUUUGUAAAUUAUUUUAUUGAUUUGUAAAUUCUUUAAGUGCAGUAUUUAUGGUGCUAAAAUAUCUAAAUUAAUUUCUAUUUAUGUGUCAGCUCUUGGUUUACAGGAAUGAUAUGUUUAUAUCUGUAAUUAGAUAUUUAAAGAAAAUAUUCCCAUGAUUUAUUUGAAUUCCUGUCUCAUUUUAAAAACUAAGUACACUGUACCCUCAUUAAUUCAUAUUGUUAAAAUUCAGAUUUUGGCUGAAUUCAUGUUUUUUUUUAUUAAUUACAGUAAACGAUAUGAAUUCGGAAUGAAUC